AGGGGCUUCUGCAGCUACAGCCGAUUGCUGUCCAACCUGACCUGGAAUGUUUCCGGGAAUGGAUGAGGCUUCUGCCACCUCUUUGGACAACCUGGAUGGACAUGUCAGAAGAUGACACUAACAUGGAAGACUACCCCACCGAAAUCCAUGAUUAUCUUGUAUCCUUUGAAAAAUCUCUUGGUUCUGUAGAUGAGAUGCUGAAGACUAUGAUGUCAGUUCCCAGGAGUGAGCUUCUCCAAAAGUUAGACCCUCUUGAGCAAGCAAAGCUGGAUCUAGUUUCAGCGUACACACUGAAUUCAAUGUUCUGGGUAUACUUGGUUACUCAGGGCAUCAAUCCAAAGGAACAUCCAGUGAAACAAGAACUGGAGAGAAUAAGAACAUAUAUGAACAAGGCCAAAGAAAUAGCAGACAAGAAAAAGGCAUCCAAACUCAAUAAAGGAGCUGCUUCUAGAUUUGUAAGGAAUGCACUCUGGGAACCAAGCGCUGAAAACGAACAUACCUCCAAAUCUCCUGCUAAAGGGAAAAAGAGGAAGAUGGACUAAAGCUUUGUUUCCCCUCAUAUAAAACUUCUGAACUUGAACAUUUGCCAUAUUCUCUUACUUCUGUUGCGUCUGAGGAUACUGAACAUCAAGGCCCACAAGCAGGCAGCCUGGUUUCCACUGUAAGCCACCUUGCCUGGUCAAUGGAAGAACCAGAUAUCUCCAAGGGGCAAUUUGUAGUGUCCAAAUAAUGCAGCAGGCUGGGGACAGCUCUUGGUGAGCAGCACAUGUAGGAACUUAAUUGGAAUUUGGCUGCAAGUGCUCAUCCCUUCCUGCUGACACUGUGAGAAAGAGAAGUGUGCUCAGAGAUGGUAGGAGUGAUGUGAUAGAGAGCAGCCCUGCAGUAAAGGACCUGGGGAGUACUGGUGGACGAGAAGCUGGACAUGAGCCAACAGGGUGUGCAUCCUGGGCUGCAUCAAAGGAAGCAUGGCCAGCAGACAGAGAAGUGAUUCUGCCGCUCUGCUCUGCUCUGCUCUGGUGAGACCUUACCUGGAGUACUGUGUCCAGCUCUGGGGCCCUCAAUACAAGAAUGACAUGGACCUGAUAGAGAGGGUCUAGAAGAAGGACACAAAUAUGAUUAGAGGGCUGGAGCUCCUCUUGCACUGGGACAGGCUGAGAGAGUUUGGGCUGUUCAUCCUGGACAAGAGAAGGCUAUGGGGAAACCUUAGAGUGGCCUUCCAGUAUCUGAAGGGAGCCUGCAAGAAGUAGGGCAGGGACCGUUUACAAGGGAUUGUAGCAAUAGGACAAGGGGCAAUGGUUUGAAACUAGAGAAGAGCAGAUUUAGACUGGACAUGUAAAGUGUUUUUUUUACUGUGAGGGUGGAAAAACGUGAAGAGGUUGUCCAGGGAAGUGAUGGAGACCUCAUCUCUGGAGACAAUCAAGGUCAGUCUCGGUGGGACUCUAAGCCAGCUGAUCAGGUUGGGGAUGUCCCUAACUCCUGCUAGAUGACCUCUAGAGGUCUCUUCCAGUCAGUGCAUUCUGUAAUUCUGAGUGUGGUCAUCCAUUGCUAUAUCUUGAACAUUCAUCAGUGAAAACAUUCUCAGGUGCAAUAAACACUGGUGCUCUGUCUUGAAA